AUGUGGCCAUCAAAUGAAGGUAACAGGCCUGCUCCUAGACAGAAAAAGUGGUACGAGAUUUAUCAAAGGCCCACUGCGUCAAACGUUACUGGACUAGCACAAAAGGUGGUGGAACAACCUCAUGCUGCUGAAACAGCAAAGAAGGUCAUGGAGCAGAGUCAGCCUGACCUCCAGCCUCAUCCCCUGCCCAAGCCCCAGCCAACUGCACCUGUGGAAGCAAGAGUUGCAACACAAUUUUCAUUGUUUACCAAAUCAAGAUUUACCGGGUCUCACAUUGCUGCAGCAAAGCCAAAUCUCAGUUUGGCCAGGAGAACUUCUCAGGCUGAAGACCAGCCCAGCGCAGCAGUGUCUAGUGCCUCUAGACCAAGCACUACAGUCUCUACACCAGAUCCUACAGUUCCAACCCCUGUCCCCAGAGCCACUGCAGAUGUGUCCAAUCCCGCUCAGCCAUGCAGGAUCGUCUCUACUGCUCCUUCUGGGGCAUUAUUGCAAGGUCCAUCUGUAGUUCAACUUCCUCGUUUGUGGUCUGAGACCAUACCACCAGAGGAUCACAAGUGGAUUGGCAAAAGGCUUUUCAAAAUUGGAUCCAAAGGAAAGCCAGCACUUCGUGAUGACCUCCAGCUCUGGUAUUACCCCCCACAACCAGCACUUAUUUACAAUCAGGCUCCAGCUCCAGACAGAUUCUUUUGUCAUACUCUUCUGCUGUGGAUGCCAUACAAGCUGUGGAGGGUUAAGGUUCUCUGUCCCAAUCCAGCCUGCGGACAACAUCAGCUGACAGGAGGUGGUCUGCACAAAAGGGCACGGCAGGUUCUAGACAUUGACAGAACAUACAAUAUGGUCACAGAAACCCUUAUCUGUACAAAGUGUAGAGCCUCGCAUGUGUCCUGGAGUCAGACUGUCCUGCAACAGCUAGAUCUGGGCCAUCGCUCUGAGUUUCAGGUCAUCCUCACGCGGAAGUACGCCUGUGAUAUGCGGGUCAUCAGGCUCUUGCGUGAGCGUGGCUUAGGCAAUAGUCCCACUAGGGUGAUAAAGCAGCUGCGUGAAAACCACAGCGAGCAGUGGCUCCAUCGUCUGGCCCGGUACACCACCCAAUGUGUUGACUUCCUCAAUCAACCCGGGGUGAUGCCAGUAAAUUUCCAGGAGCCCCCAGAGCCUACGGUGGUGCCAAGCUGCAAGUGGUUGCUCACCGUUUACAGCCAAGACAUUCUGACCAGGCUGGAUGAAAUCCAUGCCAGAAUAACAUCCACCUAUGGCUCUGUCUUGAAGAUGGAUUCUACUAAAAAGAUCACCAAGAAGCUGGCUGGGACAGCGAGGGGAACGGGACUCUGGCUUACCUCUGUUGGCAACGAGUUUGGUCAGGUGCUCAUAAGUGUGCUGACAGCCCAGGAAGGAGCAGGACUUGACAUGAUGGUAGACGGUCUGGUGAAAAGAUACCAGCAGGCUGGUGUAAAUCCACCUUCUGUGUUGUACGUGGACUGUGGGUGCUGCAGUGAGGUGAGCGAGAGCAAGCUGAAAACCAGGUUUAGGGGCUGGCCAGAUCUCAUGAUACGCUUGGACAUCUGGCAUUUUAUGCGCAGGAUUGCCUUGGGGUGUACAACUGAUGCCCAUCAGUUGUACCCCAUUUUCAUGUCACGGCUAUCAGCAUGCAUCUUUGAAUGGGAUGCAGCUGACGUCUCUAUCCUUCGCAAAGCAAAGAGAGAGCUGUUGAUGUCCCAGGGUUGGCCUGCGCUGACAGAUGAAGAUGUAAACAAGCAUCUGACCAGGGAGGAGCUGGCUCUACAUUGCCGGAGGAGGACCCGUGGAGAGGAGACUACCAUCCUUCUCCUUGAACAACUGCUUACAGAACUCCUGAGCAGCAAGGGAAAUGACUCUCUGGGGGUUCCUCUCUUGGAUCGAGAAAGGAUGGAGCACAUCUGGUGUGUCCAAAAGAAGCACAUCAAGUGUAUCCAAGACCCUCUUGGUGUUGCCCUCUAUACUGAGACCGGGAGCCUAACCAAGGGAGGUGUGCUUCUGAAGACUUACAGAUGUGCCAGAGGCUCCACUUCUCUUGAAUCCUUUCAUUUACACCUUAACCGUUUCAUCCCAGCACAGACCUGUGUUAUGUGUGGAGUGUGUGGAUCUAGUGAUGAAGUGAACCUCUCAACCGCUUUUACCUUCCACUGA